AUGAAUGGAAAAACUUUGUUAGAAUUACCAUUUGAUAUCUUAGUUAACAUAUUCAGUAUUUUAUGUACUCGUGAUCUUCGUAAUCUAAUGCUCACGUGUAAAACCCUUAAAAACGUAAUAAUAAAUAAUAAUCAUAUAUGGAGAAAAAUAGGUCAGAAUAAAUUGAUUAUUCGAAAUUCUAUAAACAGUUAUGAAAGUCAGUCUUGGUAUAAGAGAUGUCUAAUUUCACAUAAUUGGCACAAAGGCAUAUAUAAAAACCAGAUAGUUCUCCAUCAUGACACACUUUACAUGCCUUGGCUUAAAUUUCAUAAUUCUGAAAUUCUAUUACUGGCUCUUGGAUCGGAUCUUUUCUGUUUCCCUACAGACCGACGAGGAUUACCAAACUGUAGAAAAACUCUUUGGGCUCUAGAUGUCCCAACAAUCAAAAGAUAUGAUGUAAGGACUAAUGAUAUAUCAAGAUUUAUUACAAAUGAUAUUUUAUUACUCUGUGCUAACAGGGAUGGAUGCGUCAGUGUGUUUCAACUAAAUGGAACCAAAAAGAGACCAUCUUUACUUUGCCACAUUGAAGACUGUCAUAAAUAUGGUGAGGUAGAAGUAACAGCUGUUGAGGCAAUCAAAAGCAAAACAAAUGUUUGUGUGGUAACAGGUUCCCAAAACUGUGCAGAACUAUGUAUGUGGUCUUGGAAUUUUAUGGAAAAUAAUGAUGAAUUUAUAUGUUCAGAAAUACAAAACAUGAAUUGCAAAAAAAAGGUUAAACCACUUUCUGGAGAUGUAGGUGUGAGAUGCUUAGCCACAAGUCAAUCUAAUGAUAGAUUAGCAAUUGGCUUAACUGGAAACAAUAAACCUUUGGUACUGAAUUGUGAAAUUUUUGAACUUCAGGAGCCUGUAGAUUUAACUAAAAAUGGAAAGUUUGCUGUUAGAGACAUUCAAUGGCACAAUCAGAAUACCUUAGCCUAUGUAUCACAUUCAGGAUAUCUGCGGCUAUUAGAUAUUCGAACUAAUAACGUGGUUUAUGAAAGCAUGGAUCCAUUCCAGUCAUCAUUGUAUUGUGUAAAAUCGGAUGGAAACCAUGCACUUGUUGUUGGUACAUCGGAGUAUUCCCGUUGCGUACUGUUCGACGCACGCCGUCCUGCAAGACAUGUACAGAUGUAUUUUACGCAGAAGAAAUCGUCGCCAAUUUAUAGCUUGGACUUUAGUUCAUCAAAACUCAUAGCUGCGGCCGACAGGAGCAUAGCUUUCGUAGACUUCGACGUUAACCCUGCAGCCAUUAAAAAAAGGGACUACUCUCAAGUAUUUGAAUUAGUUAAAAGAUGA